AUGGGCGGACGAGACACAGACCAGCAAAGAGGACAGGGCCGGGGAAGCCGCAGAAGGGAGUCAGCGCCUGCUCGAAGAGACCUCACGCCAGGCUUCGGGGGUCAGUGCCGCAGGGGCCAGCACCCACUGCUUCAGCCUCGGCAGGGAGGUCUCCCCGCAGUGCUGUUUCCUGAGACAGAGAACAAAAACCCCAUAUCCGGUUUCAUGGGCUCUGCACCCUGCUCGUUUACCCGAAGCGUCUCUGAUGAGCGCCUCUUCCCGCCCACCCCCAGACCCACACACGUUGUGGGGCACCUGGAGUCCAACAGCCUGGUGGAGGUGAACAGCGGCUCGCUCUACGGCCUGUCGGCCCUGCAGCAGCUCCACCUGAGCGGCAACUCCAUCGCCCGAAUCAGCCGUGACGGCUGGAGCUUCUGCCAGAGGCUGCAGGAGUUGGUUUUGUCCUUCAAUAAUCUCACCCGGCUGGACGAGGAGAGCCUGGCAGACCUGAGUAGCUUGAGCAUCCUGCGCCUCAGCCACAAUUCCAUCAGCCACAUCGCAGAAGGCGCCUUCAAGGGACUCAAAAACCUGCGUGUCUUGGAUCUGGACCAUAACGAGAUUUCGGGCACAAUAGAGGACACGAGUGGCGCCUUUACCGGGCUUGACAGUCUCAGCAAGCUAACUCUGUUUGGAAACAAGAUCAAGUCCGUGGCUAAGAGAGCCUUCUCGGGGCUGGAGGGCCUGGAGCACCUGAACCUCGGAGAGAAUGCAGUCAGAUCUGUCCAGUCUGAUGCCUUUGUGAAAAUGAAGAAUCUCAAAGAGCUCCACAUCAGCAGUGAUAGCUUCCUGUGCGACUGCCAGCUGAAGUGGCUGCCCCCGUGGUUACUGGGCCGGAUGCUGCAGCCCUUCGUGACAGCCACCUGUGCCCACCCGGAAUCCCUGAAGGGCCAGAGCAUUUUCUCUGUGCCGCCGGAGAGUUUCGUGUGUGACGACCUACCGAAGCCACAGAUCAUCACCCAGCCAGAGCCCACCAUGGCCGUGGUCGGCAAGGACAUCCGCUUCACGUGCUCGGCAGCCAGCAGCAGCAGCUCCCCGAUGACCUUUGCCUGGAAGAAGGACAACGAGGUCCUGGCCAAUGCCGACAUGGAGAACUUUGCCCACGUGCGAGCGCAGGAUGGGGUGGUGAUGGAGUACACCACGAUCCUGCACCUGCGCCGUGUCACUUUCGGGCACGAGGGCCGCUAUCAGUGUGUCAUCACCAACCACUUCGGCUCCACCUACUCACACAAGGCCAGGCUCAUUGUGAAUGUGUUGCCAUCAUUCACCAAAAUACCCCACGACAUCGCCAUCCGGACGGGCACGAUGGCCCGCCUUGAGUGUGCUGCCACUGGCCACCCCAACCCCCAGAUCGCUUGGCAGAAGGACGGAGGCACAGAUUUCCCCGCUGCUCGCGAACGACGCAUGCACGUCAUGCCCGAUGACGACGUGUUUUUCAUCACGGACGUGAAAAUAGAUGACAUGGGGGUUUACAGCUGCACCGCCCAGAACUCGGCCGGCACCGUUUCAGCCAAUGCCACUCUGACAGUCUUAGAAACCCCGUCCUUGGUGGUGCCUCUGGAAGACCGUGUGGUGUCCAUGGGAGAAACGGUGGCUCUCCAGUGCAAGGCGACCGGGAGCCCUGCGCCCCGCAUCACCUGGUUCAAGGGGAACCGCCCUCUGAGCCUCACCGAACGCCACCACUUCACCCCCGGCAACCAGCUGCUGGUGGUUCAGAACGUGGUGGUGGAGGACGCGGGCCAGUACACCUGCGAGAUGUCCAAUGCCCUCGGCACGGAGCGCGCCCACAGCCAGCUGAGCAUCUUGCCCACUCCUGGCUGCAGGAAGGAUGGGACCACCGUGGGCAUCUUCACCAUCGCUGUGGUGUGCAGUAUUGUCCUGACGUCCCUGGUCUGGGUGUGCAUCAUCUACCAGACCAGGAAGAAGAGUGAGGAAUACAGUGUCACCAACACAGAUGAAACCAUUGUGCCACCAGAUGUUCCAAGCUACCUGUCUUCUCAGGGGACUCUUUCUGACCGACAGGAAACUGUGAUCAGGACUGAGGGUGGCCAUCAGGCCAAUGGGCACAUCGAGAGCAACGGUGUCUAUCCAAGAGACACAAGCCUCUUUUCAGAGGUGGACACUCAUGGCAUGACGUGCAGGCAGCCGAAGCCCUGUGCUGGUUAUAACAAGGAGCCCUGGGCCGUGACUGAGAAAGCCCAGCGGAGACCUGGCCCACAGAAGAUGGAGCACAGCGGCCCGGUUGUGUGCGGUGACUACACCACUAACCCGGACAGCAGUUGCAAGGAACAAGCGUCCCGUCCUCAGCCUGUGCCCAGAGACCAUACACAGGCAGGUACGCUAAGCGGCCCGGAGCCCAGUCAGAGUGACCGAGAACAUUCUCCGCACCAUGUGACCGGUGGGACUGUUGACGGGUCCCACGCCGACUGCAGGGGGUCCCUCUACCCCAGUAACCACGACAGAAUGCCAACCUCCUUGAAGAAAAAGCCCACAGCACCUCUGGAUGGAAAAGGGGCGUCUUCUUGGACUUUAGCAAGGUUGUGUGAGUCAGACUCCGUGGACCUCCAGCCUCCCUUGACAUUAACUCCAGGCAGUCCUGAGCUCACAGAAGCCUCCUCGGGCUGUCCCGACAUCCCCGGCGAAGGCCAGCACUUGCUUCUUUACAAUGGACACCUCCCCAAAGCAUGUGACUCCAGUCCCGAGUACCCACCACUGACAGGACAGCCACCCGGGAAACGGGGCGUGCCCCUGCUCUUUGCACCGAAAAUCUAG